GCAGAGAUGACAGGACUGACCUACAAACAGGUAAAAACUUGGUUUCAAAACAGACGGAGUAAGUUUAGGAGGAGUUCACAUCCUCAGCAUGUGAAUCAGGGCGUCCCACUUCAUUUUCAGGGAGAGGGACAGCCCCCACUCAGGGAGUCGUACACUCAGCACCUAGAGAUGAAGUCAAUCGCAAAUGGUGCAAAUUAUCAGGCCCCCUAUCAUCAUGCUGUGGGCAAUUUUGCGGCUGGACCUCAAUGGACCUUCCCCACCUCGCCCCACAUGUUUGACUGGUCAAUGCCACCAGGCAACGGCAAUAAAGGAGGCUUGAAGUAUGAGACAGAUAAUCUAAAGAAUCUGGAGCUUUCAAAUGGAUCUCAAAGAUUUUCCCAGGAAUACCUCAAAUAACAUCCCUAGCUCAAAGCCCUAGCUUUGAAUACUUCAUCUUAAGAAACCUGAGAUGAUACGUUGAAAAGUUUCUGCCUCUGUGAUUAUCUGCCUAAGACUCUAAAUGUUGGGUUUGCU